GUACGGCUUCCAGCUGGCCAAUGGGCAGCGCUGGGUGGCCAACCGAGCCAGCCCUCUCGCGUGGCUGCCCGCCCCCUUCAGCUCUAGAGCCCGCCCAGCAUUCUAGACAGGCCACCGACUCGGAGCAGAAAGCCGGGGCGGGCCUGUGUGCAGCUGGGUUCUGCUAGGAAGGGCGGGGAGACACUGCGGGGCUGGCUUUGCUGGUGUCAGGCCCUCCGCCGUGUUGACAUUCGCUGCCGCACCGCCGACUCCCCCGCCGCGUCUCCUGGGCUGCCUUCCCCCGGCUCGGCUUCUACUCACUAAGUCUUCCUCGCCCCACCCCCCCACCCCGGCCAGGUCAAUGCGGUGCCUUCCGCCGAGCCAUGGACACCAGCGACCUCUUCAUCAGCUGCAAGAAAGGCGAUGUCUGCCGUGUGCGAUACCUUCUUGAACAGAGAGAUGUUGAGAUCAAUGUCCGGGAUAAAUGGGAUAGUACCCCUCUAUAUUAUGCUUGUCUCUGUGGACAUGAGGAACUUGUACAGUAUCUUCUAGCAAAUGGUGCAAAAUGUGAAGCAAACACUUUUGAUGGGGAGCGUUGUUUAUAUGGAGCCUUGAGUGAUGCUAUCCGGCGGGUGUUAAAGGAGUACAAGCAGAUCACAGCAAAGUGCAUGAAGAGAGACUACUACGAUGUCUUUCUUCAACGACUUCUGGAACAGGGUUACCAAAGCGACAUUGUCUUUAUUGUCCAUGGGAAGUCUUUCUGUGCCCAUCGCUGCAUACUUGGUGCCCGAAGUGCAUAUUUUGCAGAAAUGUUUGAGACCAAGUGGAAGGGGAAAAAUGUCGUAGCACUGAAACACCCACUGAUCAACCCAGCCGCCUUUGGCUCCCUUCUGCAGUACCUCUAUACAGGUCGUCUAGAUAUUGAUGUAGAAUAUGUGAGUGACUGCAAAAGAUUGGCCAAACAGUGCCGGCUACAGGAUCUCAUUGAUGAUUUGGAAACCAAGUGUAAAAAGGUGUAUGAAUUUGUUUCUUCCAAGCCAGGGACCUGUGUGAAGGUGCUGACGAUUGAACCCCCAGGUAACUCCCGGCUGCAGGAAGACCUGGCUUUGCUAGCAGACUGCGCCCUGCCAGCUGAACUCAGGGUAGGUUUUGGAGAGUUGCCAUUUGACAGCACUGACAACUUCAGCAGCUGUCCUGAUGUGUGUUUCCGGGUGGCCAACUACAAUUUCUUGUGCCACAAGGCAUUUUUCUGUGGCCGCAGUGACUAUUUCAAAGCCCUCCUAGAGGACCACUUCUCUGAGAGUGAGGAGUUGCAGACCCAACCCAGCAUCCCCGUUGUGACCCUUCAUAAGAUUUCAGAAGAGAUUUUCAUCCGAGUUCUCUAUUACAUCUACAGUGAUGAUACGGAGCUGUCUCCUGAGAAUGCCUACGAGGUGCUUUGCGUCGCAGACAUGUAUCUCUUGCCUGGGCUCAAACGUCUGUGUGGGAGAACCCUGGCCCAGGUGCUCGAUGAGGACAGUGUUGUCAACAUCUGGAAGGUUGCAAAGCUGUUCCAGCUGACACGGCUGGAAGACCAGUGCACAGAGUACAUGGCAAAGAUCAUCGAGAAGCUAGUGGAGCUUGAAGAGUUUGCGGUGGUGGUGAAGGAAAGUGCUGAGGCAGUGGAGGAACGGCAGGAGACGGACUCCAUUCCUCUUGUUGAUGACAUCCGUUUCCACAUAACCAGCAACGUACAAACGUACAGUGCCAUUGAAGAAGCUAACCAGAAACUGGAAGCUCUGGAUAAUCUUCUGGCCAGCAUAGGACUUGAAUGCUAAUCUGGGACAUCUCCUUGUGUGACUUCAUGGCAAAUCAGUCAGAGUUCUGUUUUCCAUGCUGUCCUCAUAUCCGCCCCCAUUGCCCUCUUUCCCUCCUUCAGUUUUGCAGUUCCCUUCCUCCCCCAACCCCCUUUGUUUUGCAGUUCCCUUCCUCUCUUAUGCAUGGUUUUAGUUUCUGAUUUAUUGGUAUCCCAACAAUUGCAAGUUGGUUCAUUUUUCUUUCCCAAGAACCAGGUCCCCCAAAGCAGCACAGCUUGCUCCUGAUGGCACUGGUGGGUGAUUUGCAAGCCCAACAAUGAAUGUUCUGUUGCAGUUGUGUUGCAAUACUGCCAAAUGUUGCAUGCUAAAAAUACCUAGUGAACAUUGGUUCAACCUGCAGAGCAUUGCUGCUUGCAAGGAGAAUUAAAGCAGGUGAAUUCAAGCUAGUUGGUAGUUAGAAAUAAAUCAGCCUGUGUUUCAUGAUCCAUAUUUUGUAGGGUAAGCAGGGAGAUAAGACGCUUUUAUGGAGCCUCAGGGACACUGACUUUGAGCAAUGGUAGCUACAUUUGCCAGCUGCUUGCCUUGUAAAAACAGCUGUGUCUACUUCAUCCUACAGCCUUACCUUCCAGAUUUUCAACAUUGGAGCAGACCAGAACUUUAGUUUUCUGAUUGUUGCCAUAGUCUUCAGCAAGCUCAUGUUCCUUCUCCAUGCAGUUUUUUUUUUUAAUUCUCUGUUCUGCUAUACUUGUAGGAAUACAGUGCUCCAUCAAAUGGCAUGGCUUGGCUUUUUGUCUUGGGUGCAGGCACACUUGGCUAACUACUACUGCAGUGUUGCUGCUUUCACACGGGUCACUCACAUGUGCAAGCUUAGCAAGAACUUGAGUUACAUUUCUGUUCUCUGCAAGCAUAAGUGUCAUUUAGAUUUCAUAGGUCUUGAUGGUUUAGAAAUGACCUGAAAUUGUCUAUAAAACCUUCAGAUCCAUGGAGUGUGUAAAAGCGGGAGGGUCAGUGCUUGCAUAAUUCCAAUUAUGAUGGGCAGAUGCAGCAAAAGAAAGAAAACUUAUCUUGCAACAGAAGCAGAUCUUGGCCCUGUGCAGAUGUUGGUAUUCUAAGUGGGGGAAGGGGAAGGGAUUGUUGCCAUGCUUACCAGCUCCAUCUCCUCAGCACACCCGACAUCCAAGCUUUUGAUAUCACAUUUGCAUAAAUGUUUAUGGCCCGAGCAAAUUGCAUUAGACCUGAACAGCAUGGUCUGUGUUCUGCAACACUGGCGCUUACAGACCAUUUGGUUCUGAUUUCUGUGUGUUGGGGUUCUAUGCAUAUCAUUUAGGUCCCUAUGCAAAUGGGAGGGAGGGAUGGCUCUCCGAGAGGGUGCACAAUCCCAUUCUACACACACACACAUUCUCUCUCCUAAUGUCUGCUUAGGACCCUUAACAGAGGCUGUAAUUGGCUAUAUCACGCUGAUGGUUAUGGUUGGUUACAAAGGUAGGAGAAAGCCCUGGAGUCCUAUCUGGGCUCCAAAUGGGGAACAUGUGCUGCCACCACCAGCACCCCAUUCUGUAUAGAUGACCCCUUUGGACUGGUGAAUAUUGCUUGCUAAUGAGCAAGGCAAGGGUACCAAAAUACCCUCAGCUAAUUUUAGUUAUGGACCCCUCUAUUAACAUCUAUCAGCCCAUCAUGAUGAUGCACUGCCCAUUAGUAGGAACUAGGGAGCCUGCUAUAGAGACUAGGCUUUAGGUGACCUUAAUCUAGGAAAGCAGUAGCAAGCCAAUGCCCAUAGUGUAGUGUGUGUUCCCUUUCCCUUUCCCCACUGAAAUGGUGCUGUGUGACGUGAACGGCACUCUAGGCUGCAUAGUGUCUGUUCCAGUUUCACUUCAAGUAUUUCUUUCCUUCUUUUCCCUUUCUGCUGCUGAAUUUAAGAACACAUCUGCUUGUUGCAAAGACUCAUGAUGGUAUGGCCCCUGGGGCUGCCGUGCCUUAGUGGAUUUUUAAUGCAGAAAGCUCUGCUAAGCUUUCCUACCAAACACUUCUUUGAGACUUGGGCAUUCUCCCCCUGAAGAAGAUGAAUUCAGAGAGGCUGGGGAAUAUUUUUCAAAAUGCAGCAAGGAAGUGUGGGGAACAUCUUAACACUGGCCAAGGUCAUGCAGGGGCUCUGUAUGUGUUGCUUCUCUAGAACCAAGGGCUAGCAGCUACAGAUUGGACAGUGAAACAGCAAAGAGUGGCUUAUUUUAGUUAUAUGGAUCAUAAUUGUUCCUAUGCAAAUACUGCUGUAGAGUGUUACUACAAUUACACUAGUAGACUAACACUAAUGGAGGCAUAAAAGUUGUGAUACUGGGGCCUCAUUGCUUAAAAUUUCCAUACAGUAAUAAGUAAGGAUAAUAAUUGUUUGCUUCCCUUUCCAAGGUCAAGGCUGUAAUGAAGUGAGAUGCUUAUACUGGGUUCUGGGUUCUUUCCUGUCUUCUGAUCUGGUUUCUUGUUCUGUCUUAGGUGAUAGAUAUUAUGCAACCAUGUAGACAGUUAGGGUUCUUCCGAAGCUAGUUGUUGUUAAGAUAGAAGGUACUGCUGCUAAGAUAAGAGAUCCAUCAACAAAACCUGUGUUGGUAUCCAUGAAAUGCUUCAUGUCAGAGCUGAGAUGCAGUGGAGAAGGUAGACGUUUUCUGUGUGUCCCAGAUGCUACAGCUUGACACUCAUGGCACCACAGUAUUACAGUUGUGGAACUGAAUGCAUUUUGGUGCUAUCUUGGCUAUUUCCAGAGGCUUACAUGUUUUCUGUAUUAUGCAAUCUCUUUCAAGUGGGAUUUCCUGAAGGCUGCUGAGGCAACUAAACUUGAUCUGCUUUGGUCUCUGCUUUUGGAAUGCACAGAGCAUCUUGCGGCAAAGCUACAUCUCUAAAUGAGUCUCUCCUGAGCCCAUGCAAGAUGAUGUGUUGUCCCUUCACAACAUGUAAACUAGUCUAGAGCUGUAAAGCAAAUUGUUGGGAUAUUAAGGGCCCAAACAGUGUUUAACAAAUAAAGCCAUUAUAUUGAUCCUAGUGGCUUAGGAUUCUGAUACCAGCUUGUCUCCUGAGUUUGUGCUAAGGAAGGCUCACCUCUUAAAGCAGGAGUUCCCAACCAGGGUUCCUCUAGAUGUUGCUGAACUACAACUCCCAUCAUCCCCAGCGAUAAUUUAUUGUGGCUGGGGAUGCUGGGAGUUGUAGCUCACAACAUCUGGAGGAACCCUGGUUGGGAACCACUGUCUUAAAGGAAUGGUGCUUAUUCAAAAAUCAUGUUGAAGUAGUCUGUCAUGAAGGGUUAGUAAAGUAAUGGCCUGGCCAAGGCUCUGGUUUUCUGCAUUUCACUAGAGACAGUCUUAAAAACCAAGUUUGAUGCUGGAAUGCUGGAAAUCUGGACUGGCGAGGUAUAAAUCAUCUCCAUUUCAUAUUUUUUGUCAUAUUCGCAACCUGCGCAGAACAAUAUAUUGGAGAGGUCAUAUGACCUUUAUUCUUCCUCUGUUGAUUAAAUCUGUCCCUUUGUCUUCCUAUUGACCAUAUUACCUUUUCAUUAUAUCCAUUUACGUUUUUACAUAAUAAACCACUGGGCAUUCACCUUUAGAGUUUACGUGGAUACUUGAUUUUUGGCACAGAAAUCCCAAGAAGCUCCCUAAUAUUUUUCUCUUCCAUGUACCUAGUAGAAUAAAAAUGAAAUGGGUACAGAAAAUUAAUGACAAAAAGCAUGGCAUUGGGAUCCCAUGGCACAGGGAUUCCACUGAAAUGAAGUCUGUCUCUUUAGCGCCAAUCAACUCCUAGGAAUAAAAAGUCAUGGUCGUCUUUGCUUUUUCCAGUUAACAAAGCUCUGCUCAGAUUGUUAAGUAUGCUGCAUACCUUCAGAAUGGGCUGUCAAUGUGAUUGCAUUUAGUAGCUAUGUCACUGAAUUCAGUUGCUUGAUGAAUUGUCCCAUCACUCCAACUGUCUGGUAGUAUUUCAUUCCUUGCCCUUUGCAAAGCAGGGCAAGGGAGAACGGAUACUAGCAGUCAUGUAACAUACAGUGAAAAAUUACCUACCUACACACACACACUCUCUCUCUCUCUCUUAAUGGAUUUCUAACACUGAAUUAUUCAUCUUGGCUAUUGAUAUAAUUGCAUUAAAAGAUAAUUUAAGAGUAAUGUUUUCUUGCUGUUUAUGAUCCCAUUUUGUUUACAUUGGCUCCACCCUUUCUUUGCUGUUCUUUAAAAAUAAAGAGAAUGUAAGGAUUUUUAGAGCAGCAAUAUAAUAUAUUUAAAAGCUUAAUAUAUAAGCAUGUGUGCAGCAAUAAAGAGUAUAUUUCACUAAAA